GGAGCCUCCGGCGCUGUGCCCACCCCGCUCCAGCUCGCGUCUCCCGACUCCAAUUAGAGCAACCGGACGGCCAUGGAGGCCGAAGAGACGAUGGAAUGCCUUCAGGAGUUCCCUGAACAUCAUAAAAUGAUCCUGGACCGAUUGAAUGAACAGCGAGAGCAGGACCGGUUUACUGACAUCACCCUGAUUGUCGACGGACACCAUUUUAAGGCCCACAAGGCUGUUUUGGCUGCUUGCAGCAAGUUCUUCUAUAAAUUCUUUCAGGAGUUUACUCAGGAACCUUUGGUGGAGAUAGAAGGUGUUAGUAAAAUGGCCUUUCGUCAUUUGAUUGAGUUCACAUAUACAGCAAAGUUAAUGAUACAAGGAGAAGAAGCAGCCAAUGAUGUAUGGAAAGCAGCAGAGUUUCUACAGAUGCUAGAAGCUAUCAAAGCCCUUGAAGUCAGAAACAAAGAAAACUCAGCUCCACUAGAGGAAAAUACCACGGGGAAAAAUGAAGCAAAAAAAAGAAAGAUUGCAGAAACUUCAAAUGUUAUCACUGAGUCAUUGCCAUCUGCAGAAUCUGAACCUGUUGAAAUUGAGGUGGAGAUUGCCGAAGGCACAAUCGAAGUGGAAGAUGAAGGCAUCGAAACGUUGGAGGAAGUGGCUUCUGCCAAGCAGUCCAUAAAGUACAUUCAGAGCACAGGUUCCUCUGAUGAUUCCGCUCUGGCAUUGUUGGCAGAUAUUACCAGCAAGUACCGCCAAGGCGAUAGAAAAGGGCAGAUUAAAGAUGAAGACGGCUGUGCAUCUGACCCCACAAGCAAACAGGAACACAUGAAAUCACACUCCACUGAGAGUUUCAGGCGUGAAAUAUGCAAUAAAAGGUAUCUUCGGGAGAGCGCGUGGAAACAGCACCUCAGUUGUUACCACCUUGAAGAAGGUGGAGUCAGUAAGAAGCAGAGAACUGGGAAAAAAAUCCACAUAUGUCAGUACUGUGAGAAGCAGUUUGACCACUUUGGACAUUUUAAAGAGCAUCUUCGAAAACAUACAGGUGAAAAACCUUUUGAAUGUCCAAAUUGUCAUGAACGAUUUGCUAGGAAUAGUACCCUCAAAUGUCACUUGACUGCAUGCCAAACUGGAGUGGGAGCAAAAAAGGGGAGGAAGAAGCUCUAUGAAUGUCAGGUCUGUAAUAGUGUGUUUAACAGCUGGGACCAGUUCAAAGAUCACCUGGUGAUACACACUGGAGAUAAACCCAACCAUUGUACUCUGUGUGACUUGUGGUUUAUGCAAGGAAAUGAAUUAAGGAGGCGUCUCAGUGAUACUCAUAAUAUUUCAGAGCGCCUGGUAACUGAAGAAGUUCUUUCAGUAGAAACACGUGUGCAAACUGAACCUGUGACAUCAAUGACUAUUAUAGAACAAGUUGGGAAGGUGCAUGUGUUACCACUGCUCCAGGUUCAGGUGGAUUCAGCACAAGUGACUGUGGAACAGGUCCAUCCAGAUCUGCUCCAGGACAGCCAAGUGCACGAGUCACACAUGAGUGAGCUUCCAGAGCAGGUCCAGGUAAGUUAUCUAGAAGUGGGGCGAAUUCAGACUGAAGAAGGUACUGAAGUCCAUGUAGAGGAGCUGCAUGUUGAACGGGUAAAUCAGAUGCCAGUGGAAGUACAAACUGAGCUUCUAGAAGCAGACUUGGAUCAAGUGACCCCUGAAAUCAUGAACCAAGAGGAGAGAGACCCUACCCAAGCAGAUGCUGCUGAGGCUGCUACAGAAGAACACGAAGAUGCUGAGGCUUUAGAGACCAAAUCAACAGUGGAUUCCCAAGCCGAAAAGGCAGGAAAUGAGAACAGAAUACCUAUGCCAGUUUUAGAAUGAAAUAACAAAUGCAUAUAUUUUUAAAGUUAUCUGUUGGGUUUUUGAACUGAUGAUGGGCAGUGUGACUGUGCUUACGCUAACAGACAUGUGGACCAAAGUUAAACUCUUUCCUGUUGUGCUGAACUGUUUCUAUGGAAGCAGACUGAUUUCCCCCCACUUUGCCACAGAGGAGGGAUCUUUCCCAUAAGUGAAUGGGAAGCUUUGAGAAGUAUAUUUCUGGAAAACUUAAAUGGAUUAUAUUCUUAUUAUAUAGUUGCGUACGAAUGUAUAUUUUCAUUGUGGUAAGAGUUCUUACUCUCUUUCCCUGGUCAUGUCCUUCCUCAAGUUUCCCCCCCCCCCCCCAUGUUGUAAAAUCAAAUGUAAAAUCAUUAGAAUACAAGUUUAUGUAUUCUAAUGCAUGUUAGAAAAUUUGAAUAUAUAGGAAACAAGGCUGCAUGAAGAAAAAAAAAAAAAAGUCUAGUUGUCACUCCUCCAACUACUUCUAAUUGGGUCUGUUACCUAAAUGGCAGAUCAUGGGAUUGAAAUUUUAGUCAUACAAGACUCAGAUCCAGGACUUGGAGCUCAAAUACUUCCAGUUCAAGGUCUAUUCUCCAACUGAGGCAGCACUGUGCCCCACUUUGAUGGGAAGCUGUUGCCCAGUUCCCUGAAUUAGAACUGAGCAGGACUGUGGGGCUCUGGUGCACAGAUCCUUUCUGUAUCCUCCAUUUCUUGUUUGUAGGAUAUAGGCUUCAUUCACUGCUUGACCUUUCCUGAGUUCCAAAGGGCAGUCUCAAACAGUUGCUCAUCAGGAAAGGGAGGGGUGCAGAAACAGAGGAGGAGCAGUCAAAUGGUGGUACAGACUCGGGGCAGGGUCCUGGUUCCUACUCAA